AUGGAUGGACGCACAAGCUGUGCGCAUGGCCAACGAGUGGCGACAAUGCCAAGCUCACAUCGCGCAAGUUCAAGAGUCUGUCGACGUACAGGUGCAGGCAUUGCAAGCGCACUGGAGGGAGCAGGCCAGCCGCACCGAGGUCGUCCUCGCCAACUUGGAAAAAGUUGUCGCAGCGGAGAUCCAAAAGCGAUCCCGCGACAUGGCCGAGCUACAUGCGUCGCGUCAAGCGUGUUUGGAGAAGCUUCAUGCGCAGUGGACGGCCGAAGCGACGACGCGGUGGCAGCCCUACGUCAGCGCCAUCUCAAGCCUCGAGACGCAAGUGAAGGCAUUAGAUGCAGCCCAUUUCCGCGCGACGUCGCUUGA